CCGGGCGUGUAUGAACAAGGCGGGUGAUAGACUUUUUGCCAGGAUCCGGCCUGAUCCAUAUGAUACCAUAAGGUCCAUAGCAAAACCCAAUGAAUGUGUCUUAUUUAAAAACCCAAAACAAAACCCUAAAAUCGACUCCUUUGCCAACAACAUUCGCCCCCUCACUUCUUCUGCAGCAGCUGAGAGAGAGAAAGAGAGAACAACAAUGGAGGGUGGGAAAACAGUGAAAGAUGUGUCUCCUCACGAUUUCGUCAAAGCUUAUGCUGCUCAUCUUAAGCGCUCCGGCAAGAUGGAGUUGCCUCACUGGACUGACAUUGUCAAGACUGGUAAGCUCAAGGAACUCGCUCCAUACGACCCUGACUGGUAUUACACCAGAGCUGCUUCUAUGGCAAGGAAGAUCUACUUGAGGGGUGGACUUGGAGUUGGUGGCUUUAGGAGGAUUUAUGGAGGAAACCAGAGAAAUGGUAGUCGCCCUCGUCACUUCUGCAAGAGCAGUGGUUCUGUUGCCCGUCACAUUUUGCAGCAAUUAGAGGCAGUGAAAAUUGUUGAAAUUGAUCCUAAAGGGGGAAGGAAGAUCACAUCAAGCGGCCAACGAGAUCUUGACCAAGUUGCUGGCAGAAUUGGUGUUGAGGUGUAAGAAUGCUGGUUUGCAUCAGUCAUUCGUUAUAAGUCUAAUGAAAACUAGUCGUAGAGGAACGUAAAUCAAAUUUCAUCUUUUUGUGGCCUGUGUUGAAUUUUGUUAGUUUUGCGAUGAUGUGCUAGUUGUCGGAGAUUAUUUUCGCUACGGACACACAUGGUUAUGAAUCUUAAUUUUAUGAAAUACAUCUACUUGAUUUCUGUCUU